AAUCAGAAAUAAGGGGUGAGUUAAAAUAAGUUGAUAAUCUGAGAGUAUAGCUUCUCAGAAUCAACUUUUUUGAGUUAAAAUAAGUUGUUAGAAAAUGACACACCUAGUGUGUUUUGUGAUUUUUCAUUGGUCAGAGCACCAUGUGGACAACGUCACAUAGUACUAACAUAAAAUUUAAUGGUUUGUUAGGAAAUUAGAGAAAUGCUAAACACUACCUGAAUAAUUUCCCGUAGAGAAAUGCUAAACAACUCCAUGUGUGCUAAUUUCAAAUGCAGGAAUAUACUUGUUUAUCUGUCAAAUUAAACUUUAAUGUUUCUUUUCCUGUUUUCAACUCAAAUAUUGAUCUUUUUUGUUUUAUUUUUGUUUUUCUGCAGAACCCGAACCCAAACCCAAACCAGGUUACAUCAAACUUGAAUAUAAGUCUUACAUGAUAUUACUUGUGAUAAUCUUUUAUUUUCCACAAACAAAAAAAUAUUAUACAUGAACAGAUGUUUUACUCAAUUUUUUAUUUUUUGCCGUAAGAAAAUUAGACAAGAAAUUUGUUUAUGCAUAACAUUAUUCUUUGCAAAAAUGAUUGCUCUGACAGAUUUGAUUUUGUGUUAUCAGCUUCUGGGACAAAAAAACUAUUAGCAGCCUAUCUACUCACCAUCAUAGGAUUAAUGGUGUUUAUCAUACUGAUCAAAUUCACCACCAAGAACAACAAUAGACAACAUGGGAUUAGUCCUAAACCUGUCCUUACCGAACGUAGUACUAUGACUUGGUGUGGUCUCUGUCGAUUCUCCAAGGCAGAGAUUGAAAAUGUCAUAGUUUCUGGCAAUGGAAGAACAUGCUUGGGAGGAAAAGGAAGAGGAAGAGGAAGAGGAAGUGUAAUUGUAAGCCAAGUUUUGAAAGGUGUUCUACAGAGUGGACAAGUUGUGACCAUCAAGCAGAUAGAUAGGAAUGAGAGCAACACUUCUAUUUCUAAUUCUAAAUCUUUGACUGAACGGGUAGUUGAAGUGCUUUCAACGGUCCGACAUCCAAACCUAGUUUGUCUCAUUGGUUUCUGCAUGGAACAUCAUGGCCACCACUGCUUACUCUAUGAAUACUGCUCAGCUGGAAAUCUAGCUCAAUAUCUCCAAAGGAAAGACACAAUCCUAACAUGGGAAAAAGUAAAGAUCUUAAGGGACUGUGCACUUGCACUCAAUUAUCUCCAUCAUUAUGUGGAUGGCUGCCUUGUUCACAGACAUAUCAAGCUUAGCAACAUCCUCUUGAGUAAGAACAUGGAAGCCAAGCUCUCUGAUUUUGCGUUGGAAAUGAUGUUGAGGAUGGAGAUGCUAGAAAAGAAGAGCGUGAUUGAUUGUGCACAAGUUUGGGAAGACAUAGACUUGGGUUAUAUGGACCCUGAAUACAUGGUCAAUGCCAAGUUGACUUGUGCUAGCGACAUCUACAGUUUCGGCAUCGUCAUUCUGCAACUAUUAUCAGGACUAUAUGUAUUUGAUGAUCUGGAUCUUCAUGCCAGAGACACUCUAAGAAGAAAGGCAAACGAUGUUUGUAUGGGGAAAUGCCUGAUUUUGGAUUUUGAAGAUCCAAGGCUGAAUGGAAAUGUGAACAGAGUCGACUUUGAAUCCAUAUUACAAAUUGGAAUGUUGUGUGUUGCCAAUCAAGCAAAGGUCGUCCAUCCAUAAAAGAGGUGCUCGAUGAGUUGGACGAAGCUUGCCAAAGUAGUUGCUCCUCACAUGUAUUUGUUGGUUUGUUUUGCUCACGGCUUUUAGCCAUCACAUCAUAUUUAUGCAAACGGUUCUAAACAAUGGUAUUAUGAUAUAUAUUGAUAUAAAUGAUGUAGUCAUGUAUUGGUCAAUAUUAGACAAUAUUGACUAUAUGUCUGUAAAUAUCGAUAUUGAAAGUCUAAAAUUCUGAUA